UUUUCAUUCGAAAGCACCGUUUAUCAGUUUUCUCAUUGAGGUUUACAACUUUCGCUGUUGUGAAAAAUUCUUACACGAAAUAUAUAUAUAUACACACACACACAUAUAUAUACACACAUUUAUGUACGACGAACAUUCAUCUAUCAAAUUUCACUCACGAGGCGUUUGAUUAUAACUGGAGGCUAUGUUAAAAAACAGUUCCCCAAGUUGACGUGCGGUGAGAUCGAUCUCGGAACCAGAAGAGCGAUGAUCAAAUGCGUUCCAGCUAUGACCAUCCUAACUUUUACCCAGACAUAGUGUAUCCAAGAGAACGUUAUAUAAUGUGUCUUCUCCUUUUCUGAGAAGGCAUGGUGUGAAUAGAGGAAAUUCGGCUGCUAUUUCUUGCGUAUCGGGUGACCACGUAUAUAGUACCUCCUAAAACGGUAGGUAAAGAAACUGGUGCUGAUGUUCGCAGCCUUUGAAAUGAACCAACAUAUUAAUACACACGACUGCUGCGACCCAUAUUCGGUUCAUCGUAGAUGAAAAGCUAUUCAGAACUUUACCUGGUCUCACAACGACAGUUUAUCUGAAACCAGGAAGAAACAGAUCUGCAUGAGUACAUAUGUAUAUAUAUAUAUGUUUUUUUACUGUUCUCACAAGCAAUUUUAUGAAAACUUUCAAAUAUAUUUAUAAAACUUAUAUGUUGAGUGUAACAAAAGGAGUCUCCGGGCUCUCUUCGAUGUGCAUGUCAGCUGCAAAACCUCACAGCAACAUCAACUAAACACCAACCAAUGCAACAAAACCAAAUAACACAUUAGUAUCGGCAUGGAGUUUCAGUUUUCUGGAAACACUGGGAAUAAUACCCCACCUAAAAUUUACCACGAGACGCAAAGGCUGCAACUCUGUGGCCUUCAUGCGCUCAACAACUUGUUCCAAGAUGGUAAUGCCUUCACCAAAAAGGAUCUGGAUAAUAUCUGUACAAGAUUAUGCCCCAAAGAAAUCUUUAAUCCCUACCGCAGUACAUUUGCAGUGGGAAACUAUGAUAUAAAUGUCCUCAUGGUAGCAGUGCAAUCAAAAGGUUAUGAUAUGCUCUGGUUUAACAAAACAAGGAAUUUGAAAUGUUUAGUUUUGGAGAACAUUGAAGGUUUUAUACUGAACAUUCCGUGUGGCAACAUAAUCAUGAAACUCAUUUCUCAGGGCAAGCACUGGAUUACCAUCAGGAAAAUCGGUAACGUCUACUACAGCUUGGACUCCAAUAAUAAGGCACCGGUCGAGAUUGGUAACGAUGACGAGCUUCUCGUCCAUCUCUGUGAACAGUUGAAUAACAAUCAUACGGAAUUAUUUCUUAUAGUCACACCUGAUGUUGAUAAAAAUAAAAGUUGGUUUAGACAGUUACCACCAGAAGAGGAAUGGGGGAAUCCACUAACCAAACCUUUGGAUCCUAAAAAAAAAAAAUCCGAAACUGCUUGUGAAUCUGAGGAUUCUUCAGACACAACACAAAAUGGUUGCAAUCUGAUUUAAACUAGUUCCAACCAAUCUCUCAAA